AAGGCGAAAACCCCGAGGAUGUCAAGCAACAUAUCUUUAUGAAUAGACACUUGGAAAUACUUCGAUUCUACGCACUUCAACAGUCUGUUGAAGUUAUUUCAAGGCGACUGAUUUAACUGCGGCUUAAAAGUGAUGUAAAGUUAAAGGUAAUGGAUGUGGAAGCUUUGCAAAACCAAUACAUAGGAUAUCACUCGCAAAAUAUAACCGAUGAAAGUAAGGAAAAGGGGCUUGAGAGGAUCUCUAAGGAAUUCUUGAGCACUGUUGAACCUGGAGACAGAUUUGCACAGGGAGUGGAUUUUUAUGAAGACAUAGUGAGAAUUUCUCAGUAUUUUGAUGAGCAUGAAGACUUCUAUAAAAUGGUGAAGGCUGGAAUAAACAGCCUGGAGAAAUAUGGAUUGAACUUGUGGAAGUUCCCCUGGCGUAAAGAAUACCACACUGUUAAGCUUUACACUGCAUUUUUUAAAUGCAACAUUGAAAAACAACUGAAAGACAAGGACUUCAUAUUGUCUGUUUUGGAGUUUCUCGGCUACACAGAAAGAGAUGAACAGAAAGUGUCUUUGAAAGAUUCUGAAAGAAGAAAUGCCAUGAGGGCGUCCUUCUACCUUUAUUUACUACAGGUGGAGUUACAGCUGAUCGAGGAAAUUCAAAGUCAAAUUUCAACCAGAAAUAUUCCACUGGAGAAAAUUGUCAAAGUAAGAUCAAAAAAGCGUACCGUGGAAGAAGCUAUUCAUUAUCUAGACAUAAAAAUUGCCAAUAAACGGCGAAAACUUGAACUGUCAAAAGCAAUAUCCAGUGGUGCUGCAGAUGCUAUUAAUCGAUCAAACGAGCCUACAGUCGGUAACAGAUACAUUCCUGUUGCUGAACUACCACAUUACAAAGUACCACCAGGAGGUGUUGACUCGGGACAGGUUACAGACAACGUUUUGUAUGGUUUAAGUCCUAAAGGAACCCAAACUGAGCACGCAGAUACAUACAACUGUGAUGCGCGUAACCAGAGAUUACUUGAUUCUCGUAAUCAUGGCAGAUAUGAUGAUGCUACAAUGAGUGUCGCUGGAAGGGAAAAGACCAGUGAUAGCCAGCAUGCUACGAAGCCUCUAACAGGCAGUCCACUGUACUCUGCUAACGCAAAAGGAGGCCACCAGCAUUAUGUUGAUUCACGUUGCAGCACUUAUCCUCGAUCUGGAUGUGAUGAUGCUAGAAUGACUGUCACUCGAAGGGAAAAGACCACUGAUAGCCAGUAUGCUACAAAGCCUUCAACAGGCAGUCCACUGUACUCUGCUUACACAAAAGGAGGCCAGCAGCAUGGUGCUGAUUCACGUUACCGCACUUUCCCCCUACCUGGUUCACCAUACACUCCUGGUAACACUAAAGGUCGAAUUGAAGAAUCCAAAAUGCAACUGGCUUUACAUAGUAAUGGCUACUCGUUCAGGAGUUCAGAGGGAGCUGGCGCAAUUGCACAUGGUACAAACACCAGGUAUGUGAACCUCAGAGGUACUAAUGGUUCGUAUAGUCAGAAUAUUACAUCCAGUGGAUUGGAUAAAUCUUUGCUCACCAGACAGGGUGGGAGACCCAUUCAUCAAACUUCCAGCUCUCACUCUGCCCAGGGCUUUACUGGAAUGGAGAAUGAGAGGCAUGCGAGAUCCACGUGUCAUUUGUCAGGCAACAAUGAGCCUUCUUACGCUAGUAAAGCUGCACAAGCUUCUCAGCAGAACAGGAACAUGUCCAGCGAAGACAAGAGGCAGCCAGAAAAUGUGAGGCAUAUUCCUGGUGCGGAUGAAGCCGCUAAAUCAAUGCAAGCAAGUCCUGUAGCGUCUGGUAACACAGCUGUUUACAAUAUCAGCUCUGGUGCAACUGAAGGGAAGAGUCAUUUAUCAGAGAAACCCUUGUCGCAUGUGGUGUCUCGAACAACCAGGAAUUCCACUCAGAAAGAGGAUUUCCAACCAGUUCAAAUUCCUAAUCGAGGUUCGGUGAAAGAAUUUCAGACUGGAGCUGUAUCAACUACUCAAACCACAUCAUACGAGGCUCGAGCAGCGAACAAAGCCAACAAAGUUGAAAACAGCAUAUGCGUUUUGUGCCGGCUAGAAGCCUCAUGCAUUUGCCGUUCUUGUUUUCGAUGUGUCUGUGAAAAAUGCAAGGAAACCUAUUCUGCUGCUCUUUGCGAAGAAACUAAUGGAGGUCAUCAAUUUGUUAAAUUGAAGGUCCCCAAGGGAAAGUGUGAACAGAGCUUAAAAAUUAGCAGAGAAGAGUGGUCCUGUGUUCGUUGCACGUUCUUCAAUCCUGCAGAGAAAAAAAUUUGUCAAAUGUGUGCCACGACACGUGGACUUGGUGCUGUGGAGCUGUCAAAGCCUGGCAGCAGAGUUUGUGGGGCAUGUACAUACCACAACAAUGAAAACGCUAGGUAUUGCUGCGCUUGUCUUUAUAAUCUAGAUUUGAAUUGUCCUGAAACGGCGUGCUAAAACAGUGUAAGGCUUCUCUUUUGCUCAAGUUACUAAAAUGUUAAUAAGAAAAGGAACGGUUCUUGUGCCCAUCACAACUUUCGAAUAUGGGGGUUAAGAAACCAAAAACUGAUUUUAGCGAGUGAAAACUCUUAUGCUAUCUAUUGAGCGAAGUAUGAUUGUGGUCACUGUAUUUAGUCAAAUUCGGCAACUGAGUCGUUCGACAUCAAUUGUGAAAACAAUUCAGUUUUUCUUAGAGGGUUUGAACUAGUUUCAUAAAGUAAAGAAGUGCAAAAGAAGAAUGUGUGAACUGUAUUCAGACGAGACUGGUGGUCUAAAAAGAGAGAAUUUCAUUCAGGAUAGUCUCAUUCGCAAUCGUUUCGUAGGUACUGGCGCAACGCUUCCUGCUUCUAACCGAACAAUAUUUCUUUGCAUUACUCCUUCGGUUCUUUGUGGUCAGUAAGUAGAAAUGACGUAACGUUUUGCGUGAUAAUAUGGAAGUUGCGUAUCCAUUGCUAAUCAUACUACCGGUUUAUUUCCCUUGGGAAAACUUCGCUUGAAUUUAGUCCCCUCGCUUGACAGGUGACUAUGUAUAGUACUGAAGGACUCUGUUGUGAACUCCUAUAUUUCACGCACAUUUUAGUUUAGACCCGAACCACUAAAACAGCAAAUUCCAUCAUUUUUUGCGAUAAUUUGCAGGCCUUAAACAACCACUUGCUUUUCGUUUCCUAAUGCUUUAGAACCAAGGUUAAUCAUUCUGGCGGGAAAUAAGUUGCAUUCACUUGUAUAAGCGACUACUCGAGAGGAUAAAGAGGGGCUGUGGUUCUUUCGCGCAGACCAUUGAGGCAACUGCGGCUUCUUAUUUUCAUACAAAGGCAAUCCUCUGACCGUCAGUGCUACAGACCAGUGUUGUCUCAUCGUGGUCGGUUGAACUGGAGAGAUUUUUGAAUCGCGUUCAUCUAACGGCGCAGGAAUUACAUGUAAAAUUCUGUCAAUUAAAAAAAUAUUCGAAAAUGAA